AUGGGGGAGGAUGGAGACAGUAGAGGGGCACCAAGCGAGCAACCGGGCACAGCCAAGGAGGGAAAUAAAAAGUCCACCAAGGGUAAGGAACCGAUAGGAGCUAGAGGUAAGGGAUUUUCUACUCUUAUUAGAGAUUUGAGGAAGGACCUUGAUGUGAAUUUUGUCAUUUUGCUGGAAACCCACAUUAGCGGUGUUCGGGGAGAGAGGGUCAGGAACAGAAUUGGGCUAAAUGGUAGUUUUGUGGUGGAGGCGAGAGGGCAGUCAGGAGGCAUCUGGUGUUUGUGGGACUCAAACUUUUGGAAGGUGGAGGUGCUGAGCCAUACUUUUCAAUUUGUCCACAUGAAGAUAAAAGACAAGAAUAAAGUCCACAUGAAGAUAAAAGACAAGAAUGAAAAUCAGCGGUUGCUUAUAGCCGUUUAUGGGAGCCCAAAUAGAGGUUACAGAAAAUCUCUUUGGGAUGAUCUGCGUGAAAUUAGCAGGGAUGCUAGCAUUCCUUGGUGCGCCAUAGGUGAUUUCAAUGCCAUUAUCUGCCCGUAUACUUGGAAAAGAGGUUCUCUGGCAGAAAGGCUUGAUAGGGGUCUCGCUAAUCCCGACUGGCAGAUCACAUUUCCAGGAGCUUCCAUCCAGCACCUGCCAAACCUGAAGUCUGAUCACUCCCCUCUCUUUCUUCGUCUUGCCCCAAAGGCCUCUCCUAAUAAGGGAAGGAGGCCCUUCAGAUUUUUGGCCGCUUGGCUGGACCACCCUGGUUUUGAUGAUGUUGUUAACAGAGGUUGA